ACAGAUUUGAACACCUGUCACGUCACUGUUCUGCUUCAUCUGUUGAAGAGAGACUCUUGGUGAUUUUGCUCUGCAGUAGCUUUUCAUCACAGAUGCAGGUUUGUCACAAUGAGGUUUUUAAUCUCAUUGUCUGUGUGUCUGCUGGUGCUGUUUAAUGGUGAAAUAAUCAAUGGACGCACAACAGUAUCUUCAACAGUCAGCUCUGACCCGUGCAAUAAUUACAACACUAUUGAUGACUAUUGGAGAGACAUAAACCUAAACUACUACCAGUACCAUAAUUAUGAUGACUCUACUGUUGAGUGGAACGGCUGGUAUCGACUGUAUUUGAAUGGAACAAGUGCUCAGAUGUCUGAAUGGUGUGUGAGUUAUAUGGGAUGUGGUGGUGAAACCGGACUGUUUCUCAACGGUUCUCAUCCAAGACCUGAAGAUGGAGUGGUGACCCGUGAGGUUGUGGGAAAUCAUUUGUGGUACGCCAACCAGUGUGGUCAGUACAGCUCCAACCCCAUCCAAGUCAAAGCCUGUCCAGGAGAUUAUUAUGUCUAUGAACUCGUCACACCAAAUGUGUCACUGUCAAUGCCUUCAUACUGUGCAGUUGUUUUCAGCAGCAUCAUCAAUGAUCCCUGUUAUAACUAUGAGUCUCUGGAUCGUCCCUGGAGAGCAACAACUGAACGUGGAUUGACAAUAUGUGAUAAUGAUUUCUCCUGGAAUGGCUGGUACAGACUUUAUCAUUAUGGGAUGAACAUCCAAAUUCCAGAGACCUGUGUUAAUGAAUACAGAUGUAACACAUACUUGAGUCUGUCGCUCAAUGGUCCUCAUCCUCAGAUAGAAGAUGGGGUGGUGACCCGUGAGGUCUGUGCCUCAUAUUAUUCGAGUGGUAACUGCUGUGAUUACAAAUCAAAACCCAUCAGAGUUAAAGCCUGUCCAGGAGAUUAUUAUGUCUAUGAACUUGUGAAACCAAUAAACUGGUGUUCAGGAUACUGCACAGAUGUUAGCACUACUUCAGAGGUGAUUUCCACAACUCCAGCUAUAUUUACUGGAUCCACCACCACUCCGGGUGAUCCAUGCUUAAGCUAUGACAUACUGGACGACUACUGGAGAAACACACAAGAUAUCCGCUAUUUGUAUAGAUAUAUACAUGAACAUGAUGAUUCCACUAAAAAAUGGGACGGAUGGUAUCGACUCUUCCUCAAUGGAGUGAGUGCUCAGAUGCCUGACUGGUGUGUUCCUUAUAUGUCAUGUGGAGGUUUCAGUUCUCUGUGGCUUGCUGGUUCUCAUCCUGGAGUAGAAGAUGGAGUUGUUAUUCGUGGAGUCUCUGGCUCUUAUAUGGAUCAGUGCAGUGGUUACACAUCAAACCCAAUCCAAGUCAAAGCUUGUCCUGGAGAUUAUUAUGUCUACAAAUUCAUCAGACCAAACAUAGAGAUCCCAGUCCCUUCAUAUUGUGCAGUUGUUUAUAGAACCCCAAGUGUCGACCCCUGUUACAGCUACACCAGUCUGGAUCAGUCCUGGAGAUCCACUGAUAAUUCUGUAUAUAACUCUUACUAUUCUUAUGAGCCCUACAACAAGUACUAUAGCCCUUGUGAUGCUAAUGUCAACUGGAACGGCUGGUUUAGACUUCUCCUCAAUGGUCGGAGUGCUCAGAUGCCAGAAUCUUGUGUUAGUGAAGGGAUGUGUGGCACUUAUUACCCACUGUGGCUCAAAGAUCCUCAUCCACAGCUGGAAGAUGGAGUGGUCACACGACAAGUCUGUAUGUCUGCAUGGAACGACUGCUGUGGUUAUGAAUCUCUUCCCAUACAAGUCAAAGCCUGUCCUGGAAAUUACUACGUUUAUAAAUUUGUCCAACCACGGUACUGUGCUGCUUACUGUGCAGUUCCGACUGAUCCGUGUCGUUCACUCAGCUGUACUGAAGAUGAAUAUUGUGGAGAGAGGAGGGGUGUUUAUGGCUGUUUCUGCAAAAACAACCAAACCAGAUCUGAUCCUGACUCUUUUGAUAUCACUGAAACCUGUGAAAAUAGUACAGGAAAUAUCUCUAUAUCUCGCUGUCAGCUCUUUGAAGCUGGUUUUCCAGCAAGCGACCUUCAUCUCAAUGAUCCCAGAUGCAGAGGAACCAUCCAGAAUGGCCGAGUGGAGUUUAGUUUUGAUAACAAUGGACACAACUGUGGUACAAAUCUUAUGGCCAAUGGCACUCAUAUCAUUUAUGAGAACUAUAUUAUGAGUGGACGUCAGUCAUCUGGAGACGUCAUCAGCAGAGAGAGAAAUCUUCAGAUAACUUUUAGCUGUCUUUACCCCCAAACCCAAACACUUUCUAUGAUAGAAAUCAACCCACUGGAGAGCAUGAUGUACAAGCACCUUCCUGCUGGUCAUGGGAUGUAUCAGGUCCGAAUGAUCCCAUAUCAUGAUGUUGGGUUCUCUCAGCCCUUCAAUGGUAGUGUGAAUGCAAAACUCAACCAGGAGAUUUUUGUUGAGGUUCGUGUUGAUGGGGUUGACAGUCGACAGUUGGUGACAGUGAUUGACACAUGUUGGGCUACACCUGUGAAUGAUCCAGAUUACAGUCUGCGCUGGGAUCUCAUCACUGGAGAGUGUCCAAAUCCACAUGAUAACACAGUGAAGCUUCUUCAGAAUGGUGUCUCAACAUCCAGCCGUUUCUCCUUCAGGAUGUUUGUCUUCAGCGCAGACUCCACUAAAGUUUAUCUGCACUGUUCUGUUAAUCUUUGUCUGGCAAACAAUAACUGCACAACUUCCUGUGUCUCUGGAUAUCAGCGGAGGGCCCGCAGGUCUCUAGAUUUCCAUGACAGUUCCUCCAUCUCCAUGGGUCCUCUGAUCGGGUCUGAUGGAGAAACAGAUAUCUCAAAUCAAAUAAGGAAGUCUGGGGCAUCGUGUCUGUGUAAUUCUCUGAUGGUGUUGUUUGUUUCUCUCAUGAGUUUUUUCACCUUCCUUCAAUAUCUCAAAUCAAUACAAUCUUUUCUCUCUACAACAGUCAGCUCUGACCCGUGCUAUGAUUAUAACAUCAUUGAUGAAUAUUGGAGAGACAUACGGCUAAACCAACCCCAGGACCGUGACCAUGACGACAGUCUUGUUGAGUGGAAUGGCUGGUAUCGGCUGUAUUUGAAUGGAGAAAGUGCUCAGAUGUCUGAAUGGUGUGUGAGUUUAAUGGGAUGUGGUGGUGAAACUGCACUGUAUCUCAGUGGUUCUCAUCCACGUCUUGGGGAUGGAGUGGUGACCCGUGAGGUCAUUGGAGGUAAUUUGUGGGAAUACCGGUGUGGUCACUACAGCUCCAACCCCAUCCAAGUCAAAGCCUGUCCAGGAGAUUAUUAUGUCUAUCAACUUGUAACACCAAAUGUGUCACUCAACAAGCCUUCAUACUGCGCAGUUGCUUUCAGCAGCAUCAUCAAUGAUCCCUGUUACAACUAUGAGUCUCUGGAUCGUCCCUGGAGAGCAACAACUGUAGGUGGAUUGUGGAUUUGUGAUGGUGACUUCUCCUGGAAUGGCUGGUACAGACUUUAUCAUUAUGGGAUGAACAUCCAAAUGCCAGAGACCUGUGUUUAUGCAUACAUGUGUAACACGGUCAUAAGUCUGUCACUCAGUGGUCCUCAUCCUCAGAUAGAAGACGGGGUGGUGACCCGUGAGGUCUGUGGGGGGAAUUUGUGGUAUAGUUCCUGCUGUGAUGUGAAGUCAGAACCCAUCAGAGUUAAAGCCUGUCCAGGAAAUUACUAUGUGUAUGAACUUGUAAAACCAUUAGACUUCUGUGCUGGAUACUGCACAGAUGUCAGCACCGUCUCUCAGACAGACUCUACAACAACUAGAACUAUGAUUACUGGAUCCAGCAUCACCAUGAGUGAUCCAUGCUCAAACUACAAAAUACUGGACAACAACUGGAGAAACACACUUAAUGUAUUGAAUAUGUUUGGACAUUUACAUGGACAUGAUGACACUCGUGUAAAAUGGCAUGGCUGGUAUCGACUCUUCCUGAAUGGAUCGAGUGCUCAGAUGCCCGAGUGGUGUGUUAAUGUCAUGACAUGUGGAGGUUUCAGUUCUCUGUGGCUUGCUGGUUCUCACCCUAAAGUAGAAGAUGGAGUUGUUACUCGUGAUGUCCACGGCUCUUAUUAUUAUGAGUGCAAUUAUUACACAUCAAACCCAAUCCAAGUCAAAGCUUGUCCAGGAGAUUAUUAUGUCUACAAAUUUACCAGACCAAAUCUAGCGAUCCCACUGCCUAGCUAUUGUGCAGUUGCUUUCAGCACUCCAAGUGUCGACCCGUGUUACAGCUACACCAGUCUGGAUGAACCCUGGAGAUCCAUUGAUAAUUCUGUAUAUAACUACUACAACUACUACAACUACUACAAUGUCAUGUGUGAUUAUAAUAUCGAUUGGAACGGCUGGUACAGACUUUUCAUCAAUGGUCAGAGUGCUCAUAUGCCAGAGUCGUGUGUCAGUCGAGGGAUGUGUGGCACUUAUGCCCCAAUGUUCCUCAAAGAUCCUCAUCCACAGCUGGAAGAUGGAGUUGUCAGACGAUAUGUCUGUUUGUCCUCAUGGGACGGCUGCUGUCAUACUGAAUCUCAUGCCAUACAAGUCAAAGCCUGUCCAGGAAAUUACUACGUUUAUGAGUUUGUCAAACCAAUGGUUUGUGCUGCUUACUGUGCAGCUCCGACUGAUCCGUGUCGUUCGCUCAACUGUACUGAAGAUGAAUAUUGUGGAGAGAGGAGCGGUGUUUACGGCUGUUUCUGCAAAAACAACCAAACCAGAACUGAUUCUGACUCUUUUGAUUUCUUUGAAACCUGUGAGAGCAGUACAGGAUCUAUAUCUGUAUCUCGCUGUCAGCUCUUUGAAGCUGGUUUUUCAGCAAGUGACCUACAUCUCAAUGAUCCCAGCUGCAGAGGAACCAUCCAGAAUGGCCGAGUGGAGUUUAGUUUUGAUAACAAUGAACACAACUGUGGUACAAAUCUUAUGGCCAAUGGCACUCAUAUCAUCUACGAGAACUUUAUUCUGAGUGGACGUCAGUCAUCUGGAGACAUCAUCACCAGAGAGAGAAAUCUAAAGUUAUCUUUCAGCUGUGCUUACCCCCAAACCCAAACACUUUCUAUGAUAGAAGUCAACCCACUUGAGAGCGUUGUGCACAAGACCCUUCCUGCUGGUCAUGGGAUGUAUCAGGUCCGAAUGAUCCCAUAUGAGGACGUUGGGUUCUCUCAGCCCUUCAAUGGUAGUGUGAAUGUAGAACUCAACCAGGAGAUUUUUGUUGAGGUUCGUGUUGAUGGGGUUGACAGUCGACAGUUGGUGACAGUGAUUGACACAUGUUGGGCUACACCUGUGAAUGAUCCAGAUUACAGUCUGCGCUGGGAUCUCAUCACUGGAGAGUGUCCAAAUCCACAUGAUAACACAGUGAAGCUUCUUCAGAAUGGCAACUCAACAUCCAGCCGUUUCUCCUUCAGGAUGUUCAUCUUCAGCUCAGAUUCCACUAAAGUUUACUUGCACUGCGCUGUUCAUCUUUGUCUUCUGUCAAACAAUAACUGCACAACUGUGAGUUUAUAA